CGACCCGAGAGGUGUUCCCACUUGGGUUGGUUUCUGCUGCCCUCUAGCGUUCACCUCGUUGAAAUGCAACCCAGAGAGAGGCGGCCGACAGAUCAGGUAGGUUUAGGAGGAGCCACAUCUGCCUCCUGGAAAACAAAAGCAGUUUCUUGAAAAGUCUCCGGAGCAAGUUCCGUCGUUGGAACUUUUUUUUUUUGUCCUCACAGUUGCCGGCUCGUAGUAAAACUAAUUACCCGGACAAGGGACGCACAAUGGAGACGUGAUCCAGAUCGGACGUGUCCAGCCUUGGUUCGCCCGUUUAUCCGCGUCGAGAACACCUGCCGCUUUGAUAACAGCUAAUUUCGCUUUUGCUGAACUCUGGACGUUGUUAUGAGCCGCGUUUCCUUAUAGUGAUGUAGAAUGAAGGAGCGCCGUAGUGAUUAUUGAUCUCUCUCUCUUUAAAGAAAGGGGGGUUCUGAAGUAGUUUAAUUAAAAGAGCGGCCAGUUGACCCGGACAGGUAGCUCUAUAGCAGUGCGCAUAUAGAUGUCCGUCAUGUUGCUGGGUCUCUUCGCACUUCUUCAGCUGCUGAGCGCCGGACAGCCGGCCUCGGUGAGCGCAGACCGCCAGCAUGAAGGAUCGGAAGACCAGGAAGUGUUUGUAGGUGAGUCAGAGGCGAAACUGUUCCUGGGUCGCCACCUGCUGCGGAAUCAUUUCGACUUUGAAAUGUUUGUUCCUGGCAACCUGGAGAGGGAGUGUAUCGAAGAAAUCUGCAGCUACGAGGAAGCCAGGGAAGUCUUUGAGGACACAGCGCAAACAAAUGCCUUUUGGAAGGAUUACACAAAAGAUAAGGACACAUCAAAGGUGGAUGUGACUGGACUCCUUGUGGGACUCAUUUGUGCCGGAGUGGUGGUGGCUGUUCUUGGCAUCUUGAUCUGGUAUUCGUGCCGAGCCGGAUGCAAAGGGGACUUGAGCCGUCGCGCAAGCUCCAUCCGAAGACCUCCCAGGAGGACCAACGCCUCCCUAAUAAUGCAAAGACUGGAUGAGGUCUCCAGGCAGCCCGUCCUCUCGCCAGCAUCCCCGCCUGCGUUCGAUGGGACAGACCCUCCCGGCCUGCCCUCAUACGAACAGGCGAUCUCCUCCAGUGGACAGCACGACGCGCCACCUCCUCCCUAUCCUGGCUCAAGGCCCGGGACUAUUCGACGGUAGUUGCCCCGAAAAAAAAAAA